UUGUAGGGAUCUAUUAUGUCGUUCAGUUCAGGAGGCGGAUUCUUAGCCUUAUAAUAUUUAAAUGCUUCUUGAAACAUAACAAUUUGUUUUGAUUGAAUUCUUGCGCCCACAGAGUUAUUUCCUAAGCCAAAUUUUCACGGCAGUAAGAGUUUUCACUUCCACAUCACGUAAAAACUAACAAAGCACUCGUUCCGACAAAAUGAUAAUGAUGACAGAAAGUUCUUAUUAGAUUGCAGUACCAGAAUCUACAACGUGCAUAGAAACGUCAAUACUGCUAGUGUCGCCGACUGUCAAAUGUCCUUUGCUCUCUGCCUGCCAAAGGGCACUACUCGCUACACGGAGAUGGACACUAUCGAGCUGGAAGAAUUCGACUACGGCGAGCUAAAGAACGACACUGCCUUCAUACAAAAAAACGAAAACCUUUCCGAUUGCAUUGAGAGGAUCCGUCAGAACCUAGCGGUUGCUCGUGAGGACUACAAAAACUAUGAAAGCUUUACGCUGGAGGAAAAAGUGAAAUAUGAUCUGCAUUUGUCGUACAGUAUCAACUCGCUCUACUGGAUGUACCACAAGAUAAUCGGCUUGGAUCCUAAUAAGCACGGUAUUAAAGAUGAACUAGCCCGCAUCAAAGCUGCCAUGAUCCGGGAGAAGCAGGUUUACGAUCACAAGUACAACCGACCGGUACUGGAUCAGGGAGCUGCCAAACGGUUCGUUCGAGCCGGCCUGUACGACCACAAGAACAGAGAUAAACCGGAAGUAGCUGAUCCACCACCAAAUAAAAAGAUUCGAUUUGACGAGUGAUCCUGCGCUAGCAAACUUACGUCGUUCCAUUUUGGGAUAGAAAUUAUUUUUGACUCCCCCCCACUAGUGGAGCUUUAAGAACGGAAAGGGCGCAACCCUAGAUGUGUAAGUUAAAUUUCCUAUUAUGUACCUUUUUCCAGUCACUUUAAUCGCUUACGAUGCCAGGAUUCCUCAGCAGAAGUUGUCCUAAUUGAAGCACAAAAUUAAAUGUAAGGAAACCAAACACGUUAACCUGUCUUUGCUUUAAGAUAGGAUUUGAGAAAAAAAAUGCAUGGGUAUGGAAGUUCAGAUUAACUUAUUUUUUUUAAUAAAACAUGAAAAUUUCUGCUAGUCUAAAAAUGGAA